AUGAAGAGACAAAAGGAGGCUAGUGAGAAUCAGAAGCUGUCAGCGUUUGGGAUCUCCGGGACCGGCGAUAUUGAUCCACGAGAGGUACCCCAGCUAUGUGCCAUCUGGUGUGCUCAAUCAGCCCACCCUUUCUCAGCUCUCAGUGAACAGGCGCAUCGAGGCAUCUUACACCCGGUUGUUGUCAAGAACCUACCGGGUCAAAGGUCAGUAUCAGAUGACAUAGGUUGCUUGUACACAGCUGUGCAGGAGAGUAUAAUAGAAUCGCUUAAGGAUCAUAAGGGUGCAAUGUACUUGGGAUUAGAUGUCUGGCAGUCCCCAAAUGGGUUUGAUGUAUUAGGGUUGGUGAUAUACCGUCUGGUCGAAGAAGGGGCUGAUUUCCGCUUGGAGUCAAUGCCUCUUGACUUUGUCAAGCUGCAACAAAGCCACACUGGUGUGUAUUUGGCAGUAACUGUUGAUCUGAUUGUUGAGAAGUUUGGAGUGAAGGAUAAGAUAUGUGGUAUUGUGACAGACAAUGCCAGUAACAACAAGACAAUGAUUGAAGAUUUGAGAUCAUACAAAUGGCCGCGGUUGAAAGGUGAAGGCCAAUGGAUUCGCUGUUUUGCUCACAUUCUCAACCUCAUAGCUCAGGCCAUCUUGAGACCCUUUGGAAGCAACAAGCGCAAGAACAAUGCUGGCGCCUCGCUGUGGUAA